AUGUCAGAUCCGUUGUCACUUUUUGAAAAAGACAUGUCUGCAUUAGUUCAGUCAUUGCAGAGGUUCGAGCCUGAUCCUUCUAUUGCGUCGUCGAUUGUACAUGACUCUGAUUUAAUAGCUGAUGACAUAAAACAGCUCAAAUCUAUUACCGAAUCAUACAGGAACUUUGAUACAUCAGAAAGAGAGUAUGAUAUGAAACUGACACAUGGUUUGAAAGAUGCUCUUAAUAUCCUUGUCGAGUGUAAGCGAGAAUUGGACCAACUACCUAAAUCCCCGACUACUAGCGGUGGAGACGCCACAUCAACUAUAUCAGAGGAUGAUCAAGACACAAAGGAAAUCUUGUCAUAUGCACUCAAACUUGCUAAGUUCUCCAAGAUUCCAAGAACCUUUGAUGGAUUCUUGCUCCCGAACAAUUUUAUUUGGCCGGGCGAUGAUAACAUGCGUCGGGGAAACUUGGCGUUGGCUUCUUUAAUGCCAGAGAAGAUAAUCCAACUUGAGAACUUUGGUCCUGGUUAUGUUUCACCAAAAGCAGAGGCAAUUGAAGCAAAGGCAGAUGCUGGUGAUGACCAAAGAAUGGAUGUUGAUAACGAUUCAGAAGACGACUUUAUUCCUGAAAGAUCAAGUUUCAAUGAGGGCCACACCAAGCCUGAUUCUACUUCGAUAAUGGCCGGCUUAGAUCUUCUGGAUUCUGAUGACGAAUAG